CUGCUGUUCGGAAUGGCGAUCGCAUCGCAGGAAAUGUUCCAAAUUUGUCGGUUUUGCUUGUGCCAGGACGAAGCAUUACUGAUUCCACUAGAGGAUAUAUUGGAUUUCGCUCUUGCCUUCCAAGAUGUAAGCGCGGUUACGGGAUUAGAGAUAAAUGAGGACAACAUAGCAUCAUACGCCAUGUGCUUGGAAUGUACAACCAAGUUGAAAAGCUCUGUCGCGUUCCGGGAAGCCUGUCGAAGCAAUGAUACUCACUUUCAAGAGUUAUGCGCUGUGUUGUCUGCCAGUGUUAACGAACCGCGUACUGAAAUUAAGGACAAAAUGGAACUAGUUGAUAGCUGUGAUGAAUCUAUCGAUUUGGAUCUGGAUUUCCUAGACACGAAUAUCGAUGAUUCUCCAGAAAGUUCAAAAAGUUAUGAGGAGUUCUCGCAAAAUGACAAUGUUAUUGAGGAGCAUGAUGAAUCGUUACAAUCUAUCAAUGCUGAAGGAGAGGUAUUUUCGUACUGUGCCAAUUACAUCCCACCGGGAGAAACCGUAUUUUCCGAAGAAGAAUAUGAUGAUCUAUAUGAUUGGGACAUGAAGUUAAACCCGGCGGUUGCCCAUCGGCCUAGAUUUAAAGAGCCAUACAGAAGGAACAAACUGCGUCUUUGUGAUAUAUGUGCCGUACUGACCACAGGCAUUGCAUCACACAUGCAAAAUCAUGAAGAGGAAGGCACAUUCAGUUGUCCGCACUGUCCAGUAAAAACCAAGAAAAAACACAAUAUAACACAGCAUAUACAAACUGUGCACUUGAAAACAGUUACGAAAACGUGCGAGAUAUGCGGUAAAGGAUUCGUUCACCACAAAACGUACAGAUAUCACAUGUUUACUCAUCAAGAUGAAGGAAAAACCUUCGAAUGCAAGAAUUGUUCGAAAACCUUCAAGAACUCUAUUUACUUGAGGGAUCACAUGAAAAGGGUUCAUAAUGCGGCCACACAAUCUAGAAAAAAACACCCUGGAGGAAGCAGCGGCAGGAAACGAAGCAGAUCCAACACAGUGAUCGAACAAGUCAAAGACUAA